AUGUCCACAAUAUCCGAAAGACUCACUUCAAUUUCUACUAUUCCUUCCCAAAAAGAUAAAACAGCAGAAUAUCGAUCUUUACUUGAUUCUAUUCUUUCUUCAGCUGAUGAUGACAAAGAUUUUAAAACUAAUCUAGAAACUUUUGUUGAUCACAUAGUACAUGAACAAGUCGGACAUGUUAUUUCUCGUCAAGUACUAAGUGACUUCACACUAGGUGUAGACAAAAUCGCUGAUCGUGAGCUUAAAAAACAGAUUUUGCACUUUGUUUUAAACAAAGUUCAACCAAGACUUGUUAGUUUUGAAGAACAAAUUUCAAUUCUUCGUGAAAAACUAGCUGGAAUAUAUGAAACAGAAGAAGACUGGAUUGAAUCAGCAAAAGUAUUACAAGGCAUUCCAUUAGACUCGGGCCAUAGAGCCGUUUCAGAUGAAUACAAAUUAAAAAUCUAUAUUAAAAUUAUCCAACUACUUUUGGAAGAAGAUGAAGCUGUGCCAGCAGAAACAUAUCUUAGUCGAGCUGCUUUAUUGAUUCCUGGAUGUAAGGAUCAAGUAAAAAAUUUAACAUUUAAAUUAUCACAAGCUAAAAUCCUUGAUUUCAAAAGGAAGUUUCUUGAAGCUAGUUCCAAAUAUCAUGAAUUAAGUUAUGUUUCAGAGUUAGCACCUGAUGACCGUACAAAUUGUUUAAACGCUGCUAUCACCUGCGCAGUCCUUGCAGGUGCAGGCCCUCAACGUUCACGUAUGUUAGCCACUUUGUACAAAGAUGAAAGAGUACAACGUUUACCACAUUUUCCAAUUCUUGAAAAAAUGUAUCUUGAUCGUGUUUUAAGACCAAAUGAAGUUAAAGGAUUUGCAGAGAUGCUUAAAGAACACCAACGUGCUAGACUUGCUGAUGGUACUACUGUUUUAGAUCGUGCUGUAAUUGAACACAAUCUUUUAUCUGCAUCAAUGAUUUACAAUAAUAUUACAUUUGAAGAACUUGGUUCGUUACUGGCUAUUUCACCUGAUCAAGCUGAACAAAUUGCCAGUUCUAUGAUUGAACAAGGCAGAAUGCAAGGCACAAUUGAUCAAAUAGAACAUUUGAUAUUUUUUGAAAGUAAUUCUUCAACUAGUCUUGGUAAAUCUGUAGGCAGUGCACAUGCUUCAAAAUGGGACAUGGCAAUACAAAAUGUAUUGAAUAAUGACUAA